GACCAGGCCGUGAAGCAGGGGAACGCGUUUGGAGUUGAAUGUAGAUAUGAAUGUAGUGUUGUUUACCGUCAAGAAUGAGUGUAGUUACUACUUAUAACACGCCUUAUGGCAUUAAUAGAUAUGAAGGUAAGAAUGACAGCAGAAAGGAUACUGGUAACCAGAAUGGUGCCAUGCUCAACAUGUUGGCAGAGGUGGCUACACAGACACUGUGGGCAGAUAAUCGGGCUAGGAGCUCUUCCCCUUCCCCUCCUACUGUCAUCAAAAAAAAGAGAUCUAGGGAGAUGAAUGGCAUGCCAAUCAAUCAGGCACGAAUGCUCUCAGUAAAUCAACUGGUGCGCACAUUUUCAAGAUUCGAGAGUGACGAGCUCAGACGUUUAUUUUCAUUCCAGUGCCUUCUCAUACCCAAAAAGUGCAAUGUCCGUUUUGAUAGUUUUGGAAAUGAAACUAAAGCUAGAAAUCUUAUAAAGGAUCAUCUUCUUACCCACUUAGAGGAAUUACCAGAAGGUGAAAUAUUGCAAGUUCCAAAGCACCAAGAGGACAAUUCCUACAAGAAAGUUGUCAAUCAGAUUAAAAGUCACAAAAAAAUAAAAACACUGAAACCUGUUGAGAUGAAAGUGGCUGUUGAGACCAAUGAAAUUCCGAUUGAAGCUUGUCAUGAAGUUGUUGUGGAAACGGAAAAAAAGCCACUAACACAAGCUCCAAUACGGUAUGUGUUGCAUUGGCAGAGUGUUAUGAGGAGCUGCAGAACUCGCUACAGGACAAACCUAAAGCUCCGGACCACGACUACUAUCGAGCCUUAG